GCCAUCUAGUCAUAGCGGUGGCGCUGGGCUUAGGGAUAAUCGAACAGCGAAACUCGUUAGCCGGAUUUCCCUUUGGUAUUGGCACACCCCUUAUGUCCAGUAACACUUCUGCAUUUGUAUUGUGCGCUACGGUACAUUGAAGUUGUUAGUAUAUAUGGGCACUACUUGUAUAGUUUGAGUUGACGCAGCGUAUGCGCGUUUCUAUGCGGCGGUUAAGAUGAACUAAGCUACUACAACAAAAACCAAUACUGUCUGCUAUAUUAACAUCGACAAGAGCGGUCACCGUAGCCGUUCUGGUUCUACGGCAUCUGUCAAUACGGCCCAUACAUGCGCCCCUCCCGGCGACGUUUGAACGAACAUACGCUUCACUAGAACGUGCCAUCAAAAAUUCCCACGGAUCUCGGCGAGGUUUGUGUGGCGCACGCAGAAUAUUUUCAGACACGAGGGCAGCAGAACUUGUCCAGAAGAACUUCCGAAUCGAAAUUUCACGGCACAGCACAACUUCUGGGAUGAACAUGAUUAUAAGUGAAAACGAUAAACGACUGUACCGUCUUAUAACGUUGAAAAAUGGGCUCAAGGCGAUGCUUAUAUCGUCCGCCAACGAUACUGAUGCUGAAAUGAGGGAUGACGAAGAAGAAUCGAGGGAAUCCGGCGACGAAACGGAUUCAGAGAGUACGGACAGGUCAGAGGUGUCCGCAGUAUGUGCGAAAGAAAAGAUGGCCGCAGCGGCAUUGGCAGUACGGUGUGGCAGUUUCCAGGAACCAACUAAUUUAGGAGGGCUGGCUCAUUAUCUUGAGCAUAUGUUGUUUAUGGGCUCAGAAAAGUACCCAGCCGAGAACGAGUACUCCGAGUUCAUUUCGAAACACGGUGGUUCUGACAACGCUUUUACAGAUUUUGAAAUGACCGUGUAUUUUUUCGACGUCAGCCAACCAGCAUUUGCAAAAGCAUUGGAUAUAUUUGCAAACUCCUUCGUCAAGCCGCUGCUAAGGGAAGAUUCGCUUGAGAGGGAAGUAGAAGCCGUGGAAAGUGAGUUCCAGUUACAACAGACGUCCGAUACCGCCCGAUUAGAACAGGUGCUCGCCGAACAGGCUGGAGUAAACCAUCCAAUGAGUCACUUCUGCUGGGGAAAUCUGAAGUCCCUUCGUGAGAUACCUAAGGAACAGGGAAUCAAUAUUCGAGACGCGCUUGUGGACUUUUACAAUAGUUAUUAUUCUGCAGAGGUCAUGACUUUGUGUGUCCAAUCAAAACAUAGCCUCGAUGAACUGGAACAAUUUGUUCGCGAUUCAUUCAGUUCAGUGCCCAGAGGUAAACGUGUGCCUAUCGUCUACCCGACUCAGCAGCCGUUCAGCAAUAAUCCGAACUUUUACAAGCUUUUCAAAGUGGUGCCUAUAAAUCGGGAUGUAAUAAUAACCUUUAGAUGGGUUCUUCCUCCGCAAAAGAGCCACUACAAGGAGAAGUGCCUCGAUUAUUUGGGUUACGUUGUUGGCCAUGAGGGUCGGAACAGCAUCCUGGACCAUCUACGGAAUAAGCAAUGGGCAUUAGAGCUAAGCGCAGGAUCGGAUGGUGACGGCUUUAAUGAUAACAAGAUGUGUUCAAUGUUUACGAUAACAAUCACGCUUAGUGAAGAAGGCGCUCGAAACAUUGCUGUGGUGACAAAAUACGUUCAUCAGUAUAUGCAUAUGCUGCGUAAAAAGGGUCCACAGCGUUGGCUUUGGGAUGAGCUCAAGGAAAUCGCCGAAUUUGAUUUCCGAUUUCAGGAGGAAGAGGAGGCUCAAGAUUACGUUUGCGGUGUGAGUCAAGCAAUGCAAGACUUUCCUGAAGAACACUAUCUUUGUGGCAGCGAUCUGUUUAUGGAAUACAAUGCCACAAGGAUUCAGGAACUCUUAAACUACAUGACGCCAGAAACCUGCAACAUCAUGUAUUACAACUGCGAAUUUCAGAAGCACCCGGAUCAAUUCCCCUUGCGCGAAGCCUGGAUGAAUGUUUCAUACAGUAUCGAAGAUUAUCCUGAGGAAUGGACCAGUCUGUGGAGAGAUGACCCAGAAUUCCAGCAAGCGUUGGAUUUUCCUGAGCCUAAUCGGUACAUUCCAACGGACUUCUCAAUAAAGAACGAUGAAAUGUAUUGCAAUGAGGAGUUCCCCAUCGUCCUCGUCGAGCGCGCAGCUUCUAAGCUUUGGUUCCGAAAGGAUGAGAAGUUCCUUGUACCUAAGUGUUUCAUAAACGUGCAUUUGGUCACAAAAAUGGCGUAUGCGAAUGUGAAAAAAGCCGUGUGUCUUGAUGCAAUGAGCGACAUUCUUAGCCAACUGUUAGCUCAGACGAACAAUUAUGCAGAAAUGGCAUCUCUUGAAUAUGAGCUUAACGGCUUAAAUUCGGGAAUGACGAUUACAUUCAGCGGUUUCAAUCACAAACUUCCUUUAUUAUUCGAAACAGUGAUGAAUACACUAGCCACGUUUGACUGUCCCGAGGAGCUAUUUAACACAAUUAAGCUCAGUUUGCGAAAACACUAUUACAACAAUGUCCUUAUUAAUAAAUACUACGGCGACGAAAUUCGUUCAGCCAUAGUGCAUCAGAAGCAUCACAUUAUGGCCAAACGGCGUGAAACGCUGAAAGCGAUAACAAAAGAUGACAUUGUUCAAAACGCUCGGACACUCUGCCGCAGCGCGUAUGUUGAGGCCUACAUACAUGGAAAUACUACAUCAUCCGAAGCUCUUCAGCUUAUAGAAAAUUUAGAAAGAAAACUAACAGCGACCCCAGCUGACAAAAAAAUAGAACAACUGCACGCCAUCAUCGAGGAAGAAGUUUACGUUCGCCUUCUCAGCAUUAACCCCGAAGAUAAAAAUUCGAGAAUUGUGAAUUAUUAUCCCUAUGGGCCUGCACACUUCUACGAAGAGACAUUAAUUCAAUUCCUCGUAUACCUGAUGGAGGAACGUUGCUUCAAAGAACUACGUACGGAACAGCAGCUGGGCUAUGAUGUUCGAUGUAGUGGCAAUAUCUACCAGGGUGUGAUUGGUUUUUCUGUGUCGAUUUCACCGGCAGCAACAAAGUUUACACUUACUCAUGUCGAUGAAAAAAUUGAUGAAUUCGUUGACGAUAUGGUAAAGAUGGUUGAGGAAUUAGGCUUCGACGAGUUUAGUACGGUUAAGAACGCUUUAAUCAAGAUUAAACAAUGUGUUGACUUAUCAAUGGAGGAUGAACAAAAGAGAAACUGGAACCAGAUUGUGCAGUUCCAAUACCAGUUCGAUAGGAAUCAGCUAGAAACAGAGUUCCUUAAGACAUUAGAACUGGAACGCUUUCGAAAGUGGUGCUUGAAGGUAUUACCGUCAAAAAACCGUGAUCGAAGAAAACUAUCUGUACAGGUUGUUGCGUAUGGAAAAGAAGCCCUCGAGGAAUGCGAGGGCGGUGAAGAAAUUUGGAAAAAAUUUGAAGAAAAGGGUGAAAAAAUGGAACAGGAGGAUGCUGACCCUGAGAUUCCACCAAUAAAGAUGCUUAAACCAAAAAAACCCGGCAGCAAGAAGUUCAUCGAUGAUUUUGAAACGUAUUUUGCUUCACUCAAGUACUACCCACCUGUCUCACGAAGUCCGAAAGAAGUGAUUGAUUUUUGACUUCGAUAUAUGAACGUAUAGAAUGGAAGGUGAAUAAAUGUUGAGUUUA